AUGGUUCGUUCGCUAUUGGUUGCGGCCCUAGCCGCCUCGACGACUGCCCUCAACGUCGCUCGCAAGGAGUCCCAGGACCUGUACACUAUCGAGUUAGCCCCGGGUGUGACCCAGCAAGUCACUGAAGCAGAGAAAUAUGCUUUGAAGGCAGAAGGAAAAACCUUCUUUGACAUUACAGACUUUGCAGACUUCACGUCAAAGGCCAAGAGGGGAGAGUUUGCUCCGAGGGCCGUCGUAUUCCCGACUGCAGUAGCACAGCAGGAGUCGGUUGAGGCGCUCCUGCCCUCGCUCAACAAGACGCUGAUCCAGGCCAACCUGCAGACGUUUUCUAACUUCCAGAACCGCUACUACAAGUCGAGCUAUGGCAAGCAGUCGUCGGCUUGGCUCGGUAACCUCGUCAACCAGACUAUCACUGCCUCGGGUGCCAGCGGCGUCUCGGCCGUCUUCUUCCCUCACACCUGGGGCCAGAGCAGUGUCAUUGCUACUAUUCCGGGCCUGAGCGAGAAGACCAUUGUCCUGGGCGCUCACCAGGACUCCAUCAACCAGCUGAGCCCGAUGAACGGCCGAGCUCCUGGUGCAGACGACGAUGGCUCAGGCUCCAUGACCAUUCUGGAGGCUUUCCGCGUCCUCUUGACCGACGAGCGCGUUGCCGCCGGUCAGGCCCCCAACACCAUCGAGUUCCACUGGUACUCGGCCGAGGAGGGCGGCUUGCUCGGUUCCCAGGCCAUUUUCCAGAGCUACGCCAAGGCCGGCCGCGACGUCAAGGCCAUGCUGCAGCAAGAUAUGACUGGCUAUGUUGGUACCGGAAAGAAGGACCAGAUGGGUCUGAUUGUUGACAAUGUCGACGACGCCCUUACCAACUUUAUUCGCCUUGUUCUGGAUGCGUACUCUGAGAUCCCCUACGUUGACACCGAGUGUGGCUACGCCUGCUCUGACCACGCCUCUGCCUCCAAGGCCGGUUACCCUUCGGCCAUGGUUUUCGAGUCCGCCUUUGAGGACCACUUGCAAUCGAUCCACACGGCGCAGGACACCAUGGACAAGGUCAACUUUGACCACGUUCUGCAGCACGCCCGUAUCACCACGGGUGCUGCGGUCGAGCUCGGUUUUGCUGACUUUGCUUAG